AUGGAGCCGUAUGGAUCGUUCGUAUACUGCAACAGGGACUCCGACUGCAGGUCACCGGGUUUGCCUUUCUGUCUCGGCAACGGCGUAUGCGGUGGCUUCAAACUCAUUAUUCCGUGUGACUCAAACAAAGGCGGCGAAGACGACGAUAGCUGUGCCAAACUCGGCAAAAAUUAUAAGUGCGUUAAUAUGUACUGCGAGGGACCUCCUCAGAUUUACAGUCCGUGGGUCGAGCGUUGUACCAUAUGUAAACAGUUUUCGAGAUACUACAGUAAUUAUGACAACGCGCGAACUCUGUUCUGUUCUCCUGGAUGCCAUCGUAUAUAUAAUCUGCGAAACGGUAAAACGAAGAAUGUUGUACUGAUACGGAUAGAUGACCAUGAAGAGAGUGACGCCAUCAACGGGGAUAUCGUAAACAAGACAGUGUCGCACCAUGACAAAGGGUGUGCAUUACUUUUCAAAGUGUGCCGAAGUAACGACCCCGAGCGACUCCUUCGUCUCCUGCGAAAGUUACCCAAUGUGAAUAUUGCUGACGAAGGAGGGCGUUCGUUAUUAUCUGUUGCUGUUUACCAUAGUGAUGUCAUUGUGACGGGGAUGUUAUUAAAGGCUGAGGCUGAUGUGAAUUUUACCGGUUCUGAUGGGGUGACACCAUUAAUGGGGGCGAUAGAGUGCGAAGACCAAACAAAGGUGAAAUUCCUCGUACGAAAUGGCGCCAAAAUAUUGACCAAAGACAACAACGGUCGAAUUGCAUUGCACAGGACAGCUGCUAACUCCAAUCCGAAAUGUGCCGAAUACUUAUUAGACAAAGACCCGUCAUCAGUGAACACGGCAGACAACUGCGGCAUCACGACCUUACACAUGGCUUUGGGUAAAGUAUGUAUUAAAAUUGUGUUAGAAAAAAAACUUAAAAUAAUUUUAAAAAAAUAA